AAUACAAGACCAUGGCAUGGGUCCAUAAAAUGACCAACUCCCCUUUUACUACUUACUAGCUGUUACCAAAUCCCCUCUUCUUUUAUACAAACUCACCCAACAAUCUCAGAACACUCCAAAAUCAAUUUGCCCACCACCCAAAACAAAAAUGAGAGGGCAAAAUACAAAAAUUCAAUCACCAAAGCUAAUAAUCUUAACCUUUCUCUUCUUUUGCUUUAUUUUUUUAAUAAUUCGUUCAUCUUUUUCUUCUUACUCCUCCUCAUCUGAAAAUCAAACCAUAAUGUCAUAUAUAAAUUCACAAAAAUGCUCAUCAAAUUGCAACAAAAUCCCGCAAUCCUUAUCAGAAUCACUAAUUCAUUACGCAACAUCCAACAUAACUCCUCAACAAUCAUCCCAAGAAAUCUCAGUAACAGCCCGUGUUCUCCUCCGCAAAUCCCCCUGUAAUUUCCUUGUCUUCGGUCUCGGUUACGACAGUCUAAUGUGGGCCAGUUUAAAUCACGGCGGAAAAACCGUCUUUUUAGAAGAAAAUCAAGAUUGGAUUAAUCAAAUUAAAGAAAAAUUCCCAUCCCUUGAAUCACACCUCGCCGUGUACGACACCAAAGUACGUCAUUCCGAUGAACUAAUGACGUCAGCGGUAAAAUCAGAGGAGUGUUCGAGUGUGGUGGACCCUAGGAAAAGUAAAUGUAACAUAGCUUUAAAGGGAUUACCAAAAGAGAUAUAUGAAGUUGAAUGGGAUUUGAUUAUGGUAGAUGCGCCCACAGGGUACCAUGAUGAGGCUCCAGGUAGGAUGAGUGCUAUUUAUACAGCAGGGUUGAUGGGUAGGAAUAGAGAAGAUGGUGAAACAGAUGUGUUCGUUCAUGAUGUGGAUCGCGUUGUAGAGGAUAAAUUCUCUAGAGAGUUUUUAUGUGAAGGGUAUUUAGUGGAACAAGUUUGGAGGUUAAGACAUUUUACAAUUCCUAGUCAUAAGACUCGUGUUGGUAGGCCUUUUUGUCCUCCUCAUAAAACUAUUUCUGUUAAGGAUUGAGAUUAUUAUUUAAGUGCGUUUUAUUGGGUUUUGAUCGUGAUUAUGUUUGGAUUUUUUAUCUUGUUUAAUAAUAUAUACUAUUGG